UUCAGUCUAUGGUCCAUGUGGUCUGAUCUUCUCUGUAUGUGUGUGCAGGACAUCAACGCCCAUGCCUGUGUGACAGGAAAGCCCAUCAGCCAGGGAGGAAUCCACGGACGUAUCUCAGCCACCGGUCGUGGAGUUUUCCACGGCAUCGAGAACUUCAUCAACGAGGCGUCCUACAUGAGCAUGCUGGGCCUGACACCCGGCUUCCAGGACAAGACCUUCGUCAUCCAGGGCUUUGGUAAUGUGGGUCUUCACUCCAUGAGGUACCUGCACAGGUUUGGGGCCAAGUGUGUGGGCAUUGGUGAGAUUGAUGGAGCCAUCUACAACUCAGAGGGCAUCGACCCCAAACAGCUGGAGGACUACAAACUGGACAUGUACCUGAAUGCUGGCGGUGUGACUGUGUCUUAUUUCGAGUGGCUGAAGAACCUCAACCAUGUCAGCUAUGGAAGACUGACCUUCAAAUACGAGAGAGACUCAAACUACCACCUGCUCAGUGAGUACAAAACCGCUCUUUACUUCCUCCAUAACCCGCAGACAGACGACAUCAACGCCCAUGCCUGUGUGACAGGAAAGCCCAUCAGCCAGGGAGGAAUCCACGGACGUAUCUCAGCCACCGGUCGUGGAGUUUUCCACGGCAUCGAGAACUUCAUCAACGAGGCGUCCUACAUGAGCAUGCUGGGCCUGACACCCGGCUUCCAGGACAAGACCUUCGUCAUCCAGGGCUUUGGUAAUGUGGGUCUCCACUCCAUGAGGUACCUGCACAGGUUUGGGGCCGAGUGUGUGGGCAUUGGUGAGAUUGAUGGAGCCAUCUACAACUCAGAGGGCAUCGACCCCAAACAGCUGGAGGACUACAAACUGGACAUGUACCUGAAUGCUGGCGGUGUGACUGUGUCUUAUUUCGAGUGGCUGAAGAACCUCAACCAUGUCAGCUAUGGAAGACUGACCUUCAAAUAUGAGAGAGACUCAAACUACCACCUGCUCACUCCUUCAGGUUUAGAGAGGAAGUUUGGCAAGCAGGGAGGGCCCAUCCCAGUCGUACUCACUGCUGACUUCCAGGCCAGAGUUGCUAGUAUGUGUUUGUUUCUUUGUCUCUUUCAGAUCAUUGCUGAAGGUGCUAAUGGUCCCACCACCCCAGAUGCUGACAAGAUCUUCCUGGAGAACAACGUCAUGGUUAUUCCUGACAUGUACCUGAAUGCUGGCGGUGUGACUGUGUCUUAUUUCGAGUGGCUGAAGAACCUCAACCAUGUCAGCUAUGGAAGACUGACCUUCAAAUAUGAGAGAGACUCAAACUACCACCUGCUCAUGUCUGUUCAGGAAAGUUUAGAGAGGAAGUUUGGCAAGCAGGGAGGACCCAUCCCAGUCGUACCCACUGCUGACUUCCAGGCCAGAGUUGCUGGUGCCUCUGAGAAGGAUAUUGUUCACUCUGGGUUGGCCUACACCAUGGAGAGAUCUUCCCGGCAAAUCAUGCGCACAGCAAGCAAGUACAACCUGGGUCUGGACCUUCGGACGGCCGCCUACGUCAACGCCAUCGAGAAGGUCUUCAAAGUCUACAACGAGGCUGGGCUUACCUUCACAUAAAUAGCCAAUCACGACCCACACUUUCUCAACCUCCUCCCACCCUCCUGCUAUUGAUCACCCUCUCCUGCCUCUUCCACCCUCUAAACAGCCUUCAGAACAUAUCACUGUUUACCACAGCUCUUUGGCUCUUCUACACACACACACACACACACACACACACACACACACACACACAGCGAGACAUUGGCUAGCAUGGUAUUUAUCCUGUGAUCUUUGUGCUGCCAUUAUACUGUAUCCGCAUCUCUGUUUAAAUGUUGCCCUGUUCUAGUUGUUGCCUGAGGUUAUAUUGAGAAAAAGCAGAGAGAGUAACAUCCUGUCUCUCCUGCAGCCCUCAUAAAAACGUUUAUGAUAUUGUUGUAUGGCAGCCAUGUUCAGAGCACACAUUUUGUGAUCGCUGAAUGCACGUGAUCCUCCUGCUGCGAUUGUUUCAGUUGACAGCACUACAGAUGCCUUAUAUCAGAAAGAGGUCUGCUCUAAAAGGGAGAUGGCCACUUAAAUUUAACUUUAAAUAAAAGGGAUUUAGAUUUAACUUCAUGUGAAUAAAAGAGAAUAGUAAUUUUAUUACUCGAGUUUAUCAUGUCACUCUUCAGGUGCAAAGGUUCGUAGUAAAGUUGCCAAGUUUAAAGAUUCCCAACAAUGAUUUUUGUUUUUUAGAUAGAUGUUCAUCCCCUCCUUUUUUCCUGCUUUCCCAUCGCUUCAUCUCAUAUAUUAAAAGUCGCUCCUCCCCGACUCCUCCGCUGGCCAAGAAAGGAGAGCCGGGACGGCGGGAGGUGUCACCGUGACCGCCCGUCCCCUGGUUGAAUUAUUCUCAGUUUUAAUCGUCCAGUUCCUCAACACUGAAAUUGUUUUGGAGGAAAUUACUUUUUAUUUUUAUUUUAUUCAUUUUUUGGAAACCAAUAAAAUGUUCAGAAAAAG